CUGCUUCUUCGGCAUUUGACGUCAUGUCGGUGGAGAGACUUCCCAGAUGCCUGUGCGUCGACGGAAAAACUUUCAAUACAUGGACGACGACCGCCAUUCCUGUAGCAAAACGUCGUUUCUCGAGCGGGCAAAAAAAGGCGAAUUCGGGUGAUUUUGGCUAGUCUGAUGCCCCUAACUCCUUCUCAAAUUAAAGAUAAGCUUAUAAAUGCACUCGACAACGAUAAAAAUAUCAUUGAUGAGAAAGCAGUUGAAGAAGUUAUUACACUUUUGGAGGCCAGUAACAUCACGAAGGAAAUUUUAGAGCAAACACGCUUGGGACGAGACAUCAAUGAUAUUCGCAAAACAAGCAAAAAUCCAGUGAUAGCCAAACGAGCUAAAAAUCUGGUGAAAUCAUGGAAAAAAUUAAUAACACCAGUUGCCAAUGGUCAACAUCCUGCUCAGAAAAUAAGCCCUGGUCUUUCUCCGGCUGUCAGUAUCAGCAAUGCCACAGCCAAAAAUCUGCCCUCUCCUGCUUUGAUAAAUGUACGUCAGCAGGCCUUAAAAGCUGCUGGGCCAGUGAGAAGCCCAAUUGUACAGCCCAAAGCCAACCAGCAAGUAUUGCCUACUUCAAAGUUAGCGCAGCCAGAGGCCAAACUAAAGCAAGGCACAGACAAAAAAUCACCCAUGCCUGCUGCAAUAAGACAAUCUCAAAGACAUGGGAAUAAUUGUGUAAAUGAUGAUUCUAACUUUAGUUGGCCUGGGACUCCUCCCUCUACCAUCAGUGACAGCAGCCAAGACCGUCUUAUUGGUGAUCGUGAGAAUCAAGAUUCUUCAUCGGCAGGAAAUAGGGGUCAAAGGACAGUGCCAGACAAACGUAAUUUCAAUUUCGAUAACAGUCAUUUGGUUCAUUCCGCUGAGUCCACAGCAAAGUCAUUAAAUAGGGCAUCAGAUCAAAGAGAAGUGUCAAAAACUAACAUAGCCAAUCGUAAAAGAGCACGACCCAGUGAGUUUGAUGAUUCUAAUGAUUCAUCAGUUUAUAUACCAUCGUCUAAACAGCCCCAUCUUGUUUCUUCAUCUCCAAGUCUUUCAACUUUUAACAGAAAUGAUGUGAUAAAUGGUACAGUUAAAAAAAAAAGUAUAAAAUCUCCAGGGGUCAAUGCUCGUGAUAAUGUGGCCACUGAUUUUAAAACUAUGGUAUCUUCCUCUUCUAGAAACAGCCUCAAUGACCAAUCAGAUGCUUCCAUGUCAUUUAAUCGCAGUCAACAAAAAUUUGCAGCUUUACGGCAGGACAGUGUUGACUCCAGGGUCUCUGUUCAGUCAUCUGAUUCUAGGAGGAUUAAGGAAAAACAUAGCAAGGUCAAAACAACUGAACAACUUCUUGAAGAUAUGCAGAAAAGGUUGGCAACUACAGUGGAUACUAAUGUCAUUGCUCAACUUAGGACUAACCAAAUGAAAAAAGAUACAGACACACAGAAAAUUGUUCUUCCAUCUGGUUCCAAACAUAGAGGUCGUAAAAAGAAACAGGAUCGGGGUCUCCCAGACACAGAAUCUGCAUCAGACGGUCGCAAAUUGGCACAAACAAAAAAUGAAUACAUUGAAAGAUUUCUUCUAACUUCAGUUGCUCCUGUUCCUGGAGAGGAUGCUUUUGAACAUUCAUUGCCUUCAAGGCAAGACUCUCUGGAUGAGCAUCAUAUAAAUUUAGGUGGAUGUAGUUCGUCGUUUUCUCAAUCUGUUUAUGACCCUGGCUUUUCUUACUCAGGACGCCAGGAUAAGCCAGAUUCAGGGCCUUCUGCCAGCCCACCUGAAGCCAGAGACAUUUCUGAAGUUAUGGGUUCAUUACCUUCUACAUCAGCAUCACUAGAAUCUUCUGUUCGCCUUUCAGAAGAACAAGUUCUAGCUCGUCUCCCUCCCAUUGAUUAUGGUAAUAUAGAUUGGACAAUGCAUGACUAUCCUGCUCCUCAGGAGCUACCAGUGACUGCUGGACUUGUGGAUAGGUUACACAAAGAUAAUAUUCCUGGUCUAAAUGGGACAUAUGACUUUGUAGGACAGUUCAAGAAAUGGCAUGAAACGCUUACUUUGGAUACUGUAAAUGGUGAACCACUCUACAUUCUGCCCUAUGUGAUCCCUAAUGACUGAGUGCUGAGCGUUAUUUGGUUGUGAUUGUUGCUGUAUCUGAUCUGGCUGCUGUUAUUCCUCUUGCUGAACUCUAGUUAAUGAGAUGCUAUUGGCACAUUUGUGCACACCAGCGUGGCUUCAAGGCCAUAUGCUGUUUGUGUGUAGUUGAUGUUGGCUGCUCGGACACAUUCCUCAGGAGCAUGCGUGUCAACUGAACCACCCCAUUUUUUUUUCCUUUUUUUUUUUUUAAUGGGGUUUAAAUCUUCGGUUUGAUUAACAGAAUGUUUUGUGAUUGAUGCAACCUGGUUCAUUUUGUUUUUCAAACAUGAAUACACAUCUAGCUAGAGUUAAUUAGAUCUUUUAAGUAAUUUGUGUUGAUUUUUAUGAUUCCUAAACACAUUUUCAACUAUUUUUUAGCCACUGUGCUAAAUUAGAGUAAUUACUUGUACCCAAAGUUAAUUAAAAAAAAAAUUGUUAUGAAUUUAACAAAAUGCUGUGUGCUGAAAGAAUUAUUAAUUUCAAAAAAAUUUUUGUCUUUUUAUUUAAAUUUCCUGCUGUAAUACAAAUACAUUUUUUCUCAUAUUAGAAGUCACUUAUUUUAGGACGCAAAGUAAGUGAAGAAUUACUUAAAGGAAUACAAAAUCUACAAAAGAUACAAUGAUAACUAGAUCUCCCAGUGUCACUGUUAAUUUUGUGCCUUUGAACAAGUCAAAAGAACAGCUAGAAUAGUAAUUAAACAAAAAAUUUCUAUGCAACCGAUUGUGAUAAGUGUAUAUCUUCUCAUUAUAUAUAAUAACUUAUUGGCUUUGAACAGCAAAAAUUUAAAUUGGAUAAGGAAAAAUUAAUUACAAUUUGUUGUAAUGAUCAUAUAUAUAUAUUAUUUUACUAAUAGUGAUACAGUUAAAUGGUUUUAAUGUCUGUUACAAACUUCAGAUUAUUUCCUCAGUGGUGCAUCUUUUUGUUUUAAAGAUUCUCCUUUUGUAAUGGAAGUAAGACAUUAUUUCUGUGUAAAUUUGUCUUUUUCCUCCCCAUUUUUUUCUAUAUGAAUGUAAUUUAUUUAAGAAAAAAUAAAACCUGACCUUCUGCAUUACAUAUAUAACAAGCAAUAAAUAAAGAAGAAAUAAUUACAGUUAUCUUUAAUGAGAAUCUAAGAGGCCAUUAUUGUGUACAGUGUUGUUACAGAGAUAUGUAACUUGUUAAAUAGUUAGGGACUUAGCAUCCUCUGCUGGGUAUAGUUUCAGAUGAUUUUGUUAGAGUUCCCCCCCCCCCCUCCACCCUGUUUCAUUAGCAGUAUUUGUUUUUCAGAUUGCAUGUAAAUAGUUAUCUCCCUAAUGUGUUAUGUUUGAGGAUGUUGCUUUGUACUGCCUGAGAAGUAUGACACCUUUCAGUAUAAUAAUCAUUGUAACCUUUCAUGUCUGUGAUGGAAACUUUCUCCAGUGGGUUAGUUGUAUUUUUUCAUGAUGUGAAUGGAAUGUCUGUGAGGUGGAAGGGUUUUGGGUUAGGGUUUAUUUUGUUCAUGCAUAUUUUUUUAUAUAUUGAGAUCAGAAAACCUUUUGCCAUACAAAGAAAGGGAGGGGACAGUGCUGUGUAACUCAAAGUGUUAAUGUAAAAGCAAAUUCCCUGACCUAAAGGACACAAAAUAAAUAAAUCUAUACAUAUC